GACAAGAGAUGCGUAAUACCGGAUUUUUGUCACUUAAACUGUGAUAAGUUGGAGAGUUAACAGAGCAUCACAAUGUUCUUAUUACCAAUAUGGUUUUAUAUAACACUCUUAGCUUUAUAUUGCACACUUCUUACGCCUGUGUCUUCUAGUGGUUUGAUCAAAGUUCAGUUACAGACGUUUCGCAAUCCCGGGGGUAAAGGUCAUAAUGGACACUGUUGUGAUGGUAGAUGGAUAUUUUGUGGAUCAGCGUGUGAUCAUCGUUUCACCGUUUGUCUGGACAGAAGUAAUGGGAAUACGAAUAUAAAUAGUUGUGUCUAUGGUAAAAUAGCUACUGGAGAAGUGUCGAAUCAGAAUAAUAUUAAUUUCGGAAGUAAAAUCGCCAACACAGCCAAUCCUAUGGUUUUCAGAGUAAAUUCAUUACCGUCGAAAUUGAAGAUAAAAGUUGGUGUUUGGGAUGUUGAUGAUAAUAGUGCGCAUGAUUUUGUUAUUUUUCUCCAGUCUCUACUGUAUAUAUCACCUGGGACAUCUAAACGCUUAGUUAUGUCGAAUAGAGUAACGUUAACGGCUAUGGUAUCAAGUGAAUGUAGUGCAGGGUAUUAUGGUUCAUCCUGUAACGUAUAUUGUGUUGGUGCAGAUAGCUAUUGGGGACAUUACACAUGCGAUAAAACAACAGGGGCUAAAAUAUGUCUACCAGGAUGGACGAACAUUAUUAGUGGUUGUAAACAGAGUAUUAACGAUUGUCAAUGGUCACCGUGUCAAAAUGGAGGAAAAUGUAAAGACGGCCAUCGUGAAUAUUCAUGUUUAUGUAAAAGUGGAUUUGAAGGUGCACGAUGUGAAGUAAAUGUAGAUGAUUGUGAAGAUAAAUCGUGUAAUAAUAAUGGUGAAUGUAUUGAUGGAAUUGACAGUUAUACAUGCAAAUGUCAUGAUGGCUGGGCAGGUAUCAACUGUCAAACAGAUAUUGAUGAAUGUCAAUCAUUGCCAUGUUUAAACAAUGCGAUCUGUGAAGAUGUGUUAAAUAACUAUUUUUGUGUGUGUGACGAUGGCUGGACAGGUAGAAAUUGUGAGAUAAAUAUAGAUGAUUGUAAUAGUAAUUUAUGUAAGAAUAAUGGUACCUGUAUUGAUCUUAUCAACACUUAUAAAUGUCAGUGUAAUGAAGGAUGGGCGGGGCUUAAUUGUGAAACAGAUAUAGAUGAGUGUCAAUCAUCACCUUGUUUACAUCAAGGUACAUGUAAAGAUGACGUAGCAGGCUAUAAAUGUUAUUGUCCAGUCGGUACUUCAGGUAAAAACUGUGAAUUAAAUUACGAUGAAUGUCAAAGUUUACCAUGUGAACAUGGCGGUUCGUGUUUAGAUGGUAUUGGUAACUUCACAUGUAAAUGUUUACCGGGUUUUACUGGUUUAUAUUGUGAAAUAAAUAUUAAUGAAUGUGACUCGUCGCCAUGUAGACAUGGUGGUUUUUGUAUUGAUGCCGUCGAUAUGUAUAGGUGUAUAUGUUCACUUGGAUUUACUGGUAGAAAUUGUGAGAUAAAUAUAGAUGAUUGUAAUAGUAAUUUAUGUAAGAAUAAUGGUACCUGUAUUGAUCUUAUCAACAAUUAUAAUUGUCAGUGUAAUGAAGGAUGGGCGGGGCUUAAUUGUGAAACAGAUAUAGAUGAGUGUCAAUCAUCACCUUGUUUACAUCAAGGUAUAUGUAAAGAUGAAGUAGCAGGCUAUAAAUGUUAUUGUCCAGGCGGCACUUCAGGUAGUAACUGUGAAUUAAAUUACGAUGAAUGUCAAAGUUUACCAUGUGAACAUGGCGGUUCGUGUUUAGAUGGUAUUGGUAACUUCACAUGUAAAUGUUUACCGGGUUUUACUGGUUUAUAUUGUGAAAUAAAUAUUAAUGAAUGUGACUCGUCACCAUGUAGAAAUAAUGGUUCUUGUAUUGAUGAGGUCGAUAUGUAUAGAUGUAUAUGUUCACUUGGAUUUACUGGUAAACAGUGCGAAUUGGAUGUAAACGAAUGUGAAUCUGAGCCAUGUUUAAAUGGUGGACUGUGUGUGAAUUUAAUAGGUUCGUAUAAAUGUGAGUGCCCUCUAGGAUAUGGUGGAGGUCUCUGUGAAGAAGAUUAUUGUAGUGCCAGUCCCUGUCAGAAUCAGGCCACCUGUAUGGGAGAGAUAGACGGGUUUAACUGUAGUUGUAUAGCAGGUUAUACUGGUGAACUAUGUGAAGAAAAUAUUGAUGACUGUGUUGAUGAACCAUGUGUAAACAAUGCUACAUGUGUUGAUCAUAUUGAUGCUUUUGUUUGUGAAUGUUAUGUUGGAUAUACUGGUGUAUAUUGUGAAAGUGAAAUUGAUUAUUGUGUCAACAAUAGUUGUAAUGAGGGAUCGACGUGUAUCAAUUUACCUGAAGGCUAUAACUGUAUCUGCGCUGAUGGCAGGACUGACUGGAAUUGCUCUCAAAAUAUCGAUGAAUGUUCAACCAAUCCAUGCUUUAACAACUCGACGUGCAUAGACUAUGAUGGCAGUUUUGGGUGUAUCUGUGAUGACAUGUCCACCGGUCCACUCUGUGAAUCAUCAAUAGGCCCAUGUUAUGAUGGAGGAACUUGUUAUAAUAAUGCAACAUGCGUGGAAGAGGAAAAUGGCAAUUUUUACUGUAACUGUUCCAGCGAUUGGUCAGGCGUUUACUGCAACGAAACAACUACAGACGAUACUAUAAAAUCGACUGACUAUUCAGAUGAAACAACCACUGAAAUUGAAUAUAUAGAAACAACUACACCAAUAACAACCACAGAAAUAACAACGCAUUUACCAACAACAUCCCAAAUAUUUUACAAACCAAAAGAAAUAAGGAUACCGUUUUACGUAAAGGGUUCUUUAAGUAAGGUAGAUGAAGGUAUAGUAAGGAAUGGUAUAAAAAAGAUUCUAAUACAGUAUGGUAAUUACGAAGACUCGGGAAUACGAAUGGCGGUAAAAACUGAGUUUGUUUUUGGACAAAUGGGUGAAGAAAUAACGUCCGUUUCAUUUCGAGUGGUGUCUGGAAGAAGGAGGAUACCUAAACAAAAAUUAGAAAAACUAUUAAGUGAUUUGACAGCCGAACAAUUCUACAGGCAAAUUCCAUAUGAAAUCUACGAGGGCACGACAAGAAAUGCGCUAACAGCAAAACAAGACUCGAAUCCGUUUCAGGUAUUGGAUACUAAAUGGAUUGUUGCUAUGAUAUGUGUAGCUGUAGCGGUUUGUUGUAUCAUAGCUAUAGUUAUUGUUCGAGUGAAGAAAAAUAGGCUGAAAAGAUCUGCAGCUAUUAUUACAGAUUUAUAUCCCAGAUCAUCUUCGACAGGCCAAGCUUUCGACAACAUCUUAUAUCAACCCACUGAAGGAAUACGUCCUAUUUGUUCUAUUUCGGAAUCAUCUUCGGGUCCAGACAGAUACAUAACGGAAUGAAAUACUUAAUAACAAAAUUACUUCUGAUAAAAUGGAUAUUCAGGAGAAAAUUUAUAAUUAUUCAGGACAUAAAGCACACUUUGCUAGUAUGUUGAUACGUAGAGUAUGCCAUUGAUGUGUACAAAGCAAAAUUAUGAUAAAUCCAAUAAUAGAAAUCAUCAACUGAAACACCGAGUGCAUUUUCCAGUUACUUAAUUAAAGACAAUAUAAAUAUAUUUUUAAUUGUACAUAUUAUUAUAAUUAGUUCUUUUGUAUAUAUUUGUUCCUUGGAAUAUAUUAUUUUUGAGAGGACUAAAGAUCAUGCAUCUUAAUCUAAAAGAAUAUCUAAGAACAUCAUAUUUUAAUUGCCUUUGUAAAUUAUUGCCAUUUUUUGUACAUAAAUCAAUUAACCACGAGAAACUGGCAUUGUAAAUAUCUGAAUCAUUUGUAAUUGUAAAUAUGUUGGCCUAUAUGGAUUUUGUUCUGUAUUGCAAGUUAGAAGUUGUUUUUUUAUAAAAAAAAAUCCCAGGACAUCA